AUGCCAAUCUGCAAUAAUAACUUACGACUACUCGUAGGGUUGUGCUUUGUGGGGCUGUACCUACUGGUAGGUGUCCCAUUAUGGUAUAAUCUGACUGCUGUGUACAGGGCGCCGUUGCCAGUGGAGUAUAUUCGCUCGCUACACGAACAAAAAUUCCAUGAUGUGCAUAUGGUCAUUCCUGUCUAUAUCAAGUCAAUUGUGUAUCGCUUUCCUGAUGUGCACGAGGCAGUGCAGGUACAGGUCAAUCAUUUGCUGAACUCUCGAUACCAAUUUGUUCCAUGGUCGUUACAAGUCUUGCCGCAUUCGGAGAUGAAAGGGCCUGAGAGUGAGAAUCAUGUUAUAUCCUUGGUGCUGGACGACUUCGUUGGUUAUUCGAUAUCAUAUAGCUCGAAGGAGACUACUGUGUUUUUUGACGAUCGAUCGGUGAUCAGUAACGAUGUACCGUUUUUUGUUGCACAAACCAUCAUUGAGCAUACCUUUACAUUGGAGCUCGAACAGUUGUCCUCAGACUUUAGCAGGAAACACGAAACUACAGCGAUUUCCUACAAUCCGAAUAUUCAUCUGAGUGUGUCUCUAUUGACGGGCGACGGCUAUCCUAUAUCAUGGGAAAUUGAUAGUGCAUUAAAGGAAUAUUUCACUCCAUUGCGUAAACUUCUGUCGCCGCUAGUGAACUUUACUGUAGAUACCGGAAUUACGUACUACAAUGAUUUGAAUCUACAUAUUCUAAAUGAAUCUCAGAGUGUAACUGAACAAGACAUAUCGCAUGCUAUUGAUCUGUCAGAACUGUCGUCAAUGAAUUACUUUGAAGAGCCAGUAUCUCUGAAUCUUGCUAUCAUCUUCCCAAGUGAAUUGACAGCACCUAGUGGUCUACAAUUUAUCAAUAACAACUCAACUCCCGAGGACUAUGGCAAUAAUUGGAAAAGUUAUGUGGUCCCUCAGUGGGGUGUCUUUGUUAUCAAUAAGUAUCCACUUCAAAGGGACUCAAAGUUAACGGGAAGCUUUUUGGUACCCAUAAUGUAUCAAUUUGCCAAUGACCUUUUCCAGUUGUUGGGGCUGGCCAAAAAUUCCGGCGACAUAACACAUCCUGGUGUUACCAUAGAUUCCUUUAAGAGGUGGACAACAUUACGAAAUAUAAACAAGGCUGAAGAGACGUUGUGGUCAUUGGUAAAGUUGGCAAACUCUUUUGAACAAAUGUCUAUUCCGCAUGAAGUGCUGACGAAUACAACGGCGGCACUAGAUUUAAGGUUGGAUAUCAUAGAUUUAUUGAAUGAUCCAAAAAAGGGUGGUGACCUUCUCUGGAAUCAGGCAUUAGCUUUAAGUAAUCAACUAGUGAAAUUAUCAGAGACCGCCUUCUUUCACAGUGAGAUGGUCCAACAGAAUUUUUUUCCUCAGGAGCAUAAAAUUGCUGUUUAUUUACCGCUAUUAGGACCUUCUAGUGUAGUCAUUUUCUUUGGCUUCAUCAAACUGAUGAAAGAGAGAAACCAAAACGCAAAAGCUGAGAAUGAGAAAGAGGAUAAGGAUAGUCAAAAAAGUGAACCAAGUAAUAGUACUGAGAAAUGA